GUCUCCAGAUAUAGCUAUAGCCAGAGAGUUUAGCUUCGAGCCCUCUUGAAAAGCGGCCUCUUUUCAGCGAAGUGAUUAUCCCCUGGGACCAGGAAGAAGCUAUAUAAGACGUGUCCGCAACACAAGUCCGUCCUCUUUUUAGAUUCACGCAAAGAAGUUCCCUCAACAUUGAAACACACACCAUGACCAAGCCUAUCACUGUUUGGAUGACCCCUCCCGGUCCUAACCCUUGGAAGGUCGUCCUCAUCCUCGAAGAACUCCAGGUCCCCUACGAGAUCCAAUCCUUCAAGUUCGACGACGUGAAAAACCCCCCUUUCAUCAACAUCAACCCGAACGGCCGCGCCCCAGCCAUCGUCGACCCCAAUACCAACCUCACCCUCUGGGAAUCCGGCGCCAUCAUCCAGUACCUGAUCGACGUCUACGACCCCGACCACAAACUCAGCUACUCGACCCUCCCCGAGCGCCACCUCUGCAACCAAUACCUCCAUUUCCAGAUGAGCGGGCAGGGGCCGUACUUCGGCCAGGCGGCAUGGUUCACCGUCCUCCACCCCGAAAAGCUCCCCAGCGUGAUCGACCGCUACGUUACGGAAGUCCGCCGCAUCCUGGGGGUGCUGGACACGGUCCUGGCCGGCAGAACCUGGCUCGUGGGGGACAAGCUGACGUUCGCGGACCUGGCGUUCGUGCCGUGGAACGGGCGGCUGAAUUACCUGCUCCCGGAGGCCGAGCAGGAUCUGGCGGCGUGGCCCAACGUGCAGGCGUGGCAGCGGCGGCUGGAGGCGCGGCCGGCCUGGCGGACGUGCCUCGAGCGGCGGGAUCAGUUGAUGGAUGAGCAGGGGUUGCAGCCGAAUGGAAUGCCUAAGGGGGUGAGUAAUAUUCGGGAGUAUGAGGAGUUGAUUGCGCGGAAUGCGGCGGAGGGACGGGGGGAGUAG